AUGGCCGAUGAUCCGCUACCUAUGCCAACAAAGGUAAGAGACAUUUUAUUCAAGUACCUUGCAACGCCACUGCGAAAUGGAAACACUCCAUCAGAACAAUAUUUGGGCAGACAACUAAAAACACGUCUAGAUGCCAUAAAACCUACGAAGUUGCAAAAAUCGUCAACAUUACGUAGUUCGGUCAGAUGCUUAAGUGAGGGAGACCGAGUACAAGCCAGGUAUUACACCGCAAACAAACCGCACUGGAAAAUUGGCGUUAUAUUGAAAAAGUUGGGGCAUCUUCAUUACAUCGUGAAACUUGACGAUGGAUUCGUAUUCAAGCGGCAUAUCGAUCAACUUUGCGCUACAGACGUUGGAAGCAGCACAUUACCUCCAGGUCAAGAAUCUCAUUCUAAUCAAUCCUGCCGAGAGCAAGAAAUAGGGUUACAAGUGCUCGAUACCCCAAUAAGAGAACCAAGGCAAGUGAAGGAUACACCAUCCAACGACACCGUCACUCCAGCAAUGUUUACGAAAAUUACGCAAGAGGGGGAGCCAGUUACAGGGGAACCACAAGCAGAG